GCGGGCCUCCCCGUCCAUUGUUCUCGGCGCCCCGCGGGCCGAAGAGGUGGAGAGUGCGAGGGGGCGGCGGAGCCGGGCGCUUUCAGCCGCGGAGCCUCCUGCAGGGCCGGGCUCCGAGAGAACCAUUUGUUGAAAGUUGAGAGGGGGGUGUCUUCUCAGGGUAUCUGGCUGGAGAGGGCCACGUGAUUGCUGCAAGAAAGUGAAGGAUGGCUGCUGCGAAGGUGCCAAGUAUGGCCGCUCCUCUGAGCCCGUUGGUCCAGGCACGUCUAGAGGACAAGGACCCAGAGGAGGAGGAGGUCACCACCGUGACCCUGGAGGGUGACUCCUGGGUGCAGGAGGCUGUCUUGCAGGAGGACGGUCCUGAGUCUGAGCCCUUUUCCCAGGACCCCGGAAAGGGCAGGCCCUAUGAGGAGGCGGCAGGGGCUCCGCAGGGCGCACUUGGCCGCCUCAGAGAGCUCUGCCGGCGCUGGCUUCGGCCUGAGGUGCACACCAAGGAGCAGAUGCUGACCCUGCUGCCCAAGGAAAUCCAGGCCUGGCUGCAAGAGCAUCGGCCUGAGAGCAGUGAGGAGGCCGCCGCCCUGGUGAAAGACUUGACGCAGAGCCUUCGGUGCAGCAGCGGUGAGAGGCAGAACCACCAGGGAGGGGGCAGGAGUGCACUCCAGGGAGAUUUUGAGAUCCAGAGUGAAAAUGAGGAGAACUUUAAUCAAGACAUAUUUGAAGACACUGAAUGCCAUCAAGCAUGUCCAGACAUGCCUGGAGGGAAAGGUACCCAGCCACCUGACUGGGGAAGGGACCUGGAGAGAGACAGUAGCUCCGAGGAGCCUCGAAGACACGCUCCAGGAGAGGACUGUGGGGACGUGCCCUCACCGAGCAGGGAAAUCGGACAGCUCAUAGGCCUUCAGGGCACCUACCUGGGGGAGAAGCCCUACGAAUGCCCCCAGUGUGGAAAAGCUUUCAGCCGAAAAUCCCACCUCAUCACACAUGCGAGGACCCACACGGGAGAGAAAUCCUACAAGUGUGAUGAAUGUGGAAAAAGCUUUAGUGAUGGUUCCAACUUUAGUAGACACCAGACUACGCACACUGGGGAGAAGCCUUACAAGUGCAGGGACUGUGGGAAGAGCUUUAGUCGGAGCGCGAACCUUAUAACCCACCAGAGGAUCCACACUGGGGAGAAGCCCUUUCAGUGUGCUGAGUGCGGCAAGAGCUUUAGCAGGAGCCCCAACCUCAUCGCCCAUCAGCGGACCCACACCGGAGAGAAGCCCUACUCCUGCCCCGAGUGUGGGAAGAGCUUCGGCAACCGGUCCAGCCUUAACACGCAUCAGGGGAUCCACACCGGAGAAAAGCCCUACGAGUGCAAGGAGUGUGGCGAGAGCUUCCGCUACAACUCCAACCUCAUCAGACACCACAGGGUCCACACCGGAGAGAAGCCCUACGAGUGUGCAGACUGCGGGCAGCGCUUCAGCCAGAGCUCGGCCCUCAUCACCCACCGCAGGACGCACACAGGGGAGAAGCCCUACCAGUGCAGUGAGUGUGGCAAGAGCUUCAGUCGCAGCUCCAACCUGGCCACACACCGGAGGACACACCUGCUGGAGAAGCCCUACAAGUGCGGGGUGUGUGGGAAGAGCUUCAGCAAGAGCUCCAGCCUCAUCGCGCACCAGGGAAUGCAUACGGGGGAGAAGCCCUAUGAGUGCCCCACAUGCGGGGAGAGCUUCAGCUGGAGCUCCAACCUCAUCAAACACCAGAGGAUCCACACGGGCGAGAAGCCCUAUGAGUGCAGUGAGUGCGGAAAGUGCUUCGGCCAGCGCUCGCAGCUGGUGGUGCACCAGAGGACGCACACGGGCGAGAAGCCCUACAAGUGCCUCAUGUGCGGCAAGAGCUUCAGCCAGGGCUCCGUCCUGGUCAUGCACCAGCGGGCCCACUUGGGAGACAAGCCCUACAGGUGUCCCGAGUGUGGGAAGGGCUUCAGCUGGAACUCGGUCCUCAUCAUCCACCAGCGCAUCCACACGGGGGAGAAGCCCUACAAGUGCCCCGAGUGUGGCAAAGGCUUCAGCAACAGCUCCAAUUUCAUCACACACCAGAGAACUCACACGAAAGAAAAACUUUAUUGAAAUGGCAGAGGGAAAGUGAGGGUCGGGCCCAGGAGAGGGAGCUGACAUGCUGCCACCCACAUGGAGAAGUCUUAUUUUAUUCUCCACAGAUGCUCUUGGAGGACUUUUGCCAGCAUUUGACCCCUGCUCAUGCCAUUGGUAGGAUCCCCUCUGUUCAGGGGACUCAAACCCAGAGGACAGAGGAUGGGAAUAGAAGGAAGGAUGGAAAUCUAGGUCUCUUUUUUUUUUCUCUUACAUUUCAUAACCUCACUUGCCCCCGCCCUCCAAAUUCUCUGUCUCACUUUCCUCUUUGCUAGGAUAGGGGAAGUGUUUCUCUAGGUAGAACAGAAGGGAGAAUGUCUCAGAGCCCAGGCUGAAGUACCAGAUACUUAUUGGUGUGGGUGGGCUGUUCAGCAACCACUGUGUGGGGUCACGGCGCCUCCACCCUGAGCUGUUGCUGGUCCAAGCCCUGUCAUAUCAGGCGUCGUGUCCCGAAGGGGCUUUGAUUUCAGGGGAACGGGUGGGGGAGGCUUUUCCUAGUGUUUCUGCAGUGUCAGGAGCACUGAAAUGGGAGGGAGGGAGUGGUGUCCCAGUAGCCUGCCGUCAGUGAGAGCUGAACAGGCUCUUCCAGCGAAGCGAUAGACAGGAGUCUGUGCGCCUGCUCUCAUCUCUCCUUACUGACCUGUGCUGAGCCAGCCGCCAGAGAAAUAC